GCGCGGAGAAUCAGCGCGCAGUAUGACACAUGACGGCUCCUCUAAGCUUAUUGCUUUGUGCAUCCUUUCAACAAAAGACUGUGCGCCUGCAAUUUUACUUAACGAUGCUCAUUUGACUGCAUUUGGCUUGCGUUCGGGCGCGCGCGGUCAUCCAAGCACCCACGCGUCCGUGCAGCAUGCACCGCUGAGAUGUUUUGGGAAGCAAUGAGGUGUUGCAGGGAGAAAGGGUCAACUGAAGACGGAUUGAAGAGCACACGUAAUCCUGAGAUCACCCAGACCGGACAGUGUCAGAAAUGACGGGUUUGGAGCACCGGUGCUGUAUCACUGUGGGACUUUAAUGCUCCCCAAUGGAAUGCAGAAGAAAUAGCGGAGCUGCCGCAUUGAACGGAGUUGGCUUGUUGAUUCACUCAUUAACGGAUUAUACCAAGCGUCCAUUUCUCCAAAACAGAUAACAAAAUGCAUCGAAAGACUCUGGUCUUGUUUUAAGUCAUUCAUUUGAACGCCACAAAGUGCGUUCCUGUCAGUGGAGGUAAUGUAAGCGCAAGGCGCAUUGUAUAUAGUGUUGUACUGUAUCUAGUGUUUUGUUUUUGAACAGUGUUCACGCGUCUCGAUCCGUGGUGCUGAUCCGCGCGGGAUGGUCGAGACGCUGAGCAUCGCCGUCAUCGGUGCGCCUGGAGUCGGGAAAACUUCUAUCAUCCGUCAGUUUAUUUACAAUGACUUCAGCGAGACGUACACCCCCACCCAGACCCGCUACGUGUACCGACCUUCUGUCAUCCUUAACGGUGUGAUGUACGACCUGAAGAUUUUAGACGUCCCGCCAAUUUCCUCCUUUCCUUCAAGUCCCAGUCAGGAAUGGUUGGAUGUACGGUGUAGAGGGGUUCGCAGUGCAAACGCCUACAUUCUGGUCUAUGACAUCUGCUGUGUGGAGACCUUUGAGUACGUCAAGAUGAUCCGACAGCAAAUCGUGGAUAGCAGAGUAUGCAGCAGUAGUGAGGUGCCCAUCCUGGUAGUGGGCAGUAAGAGGGACCUUCAGCGCCAGAGAUUUACCCAGCGCAGGGCCGUGUCUGUACUGGUAAAGAAGACCUGGAAAUGCGGUUACGUUGAGUGUUCAGCCAAGUAUAACUGGCAUGUGCUUCUGCUCUUCAAAGAGCUCCUGGGAAUCGCCGUGGCACGGGGACUUCGUACGAACCACACCUCUAUUCGCCUGCAGGGGGCACUGCAGAGGAACCGCUGUAAUGUCAUGUGACAGAUAUGUAGCCUUUUAUCAACGCACCUUAUAGCAGACGUUGGUAAUGCAUGCUUAUUUACGACCUGUUUCUCUUAUAUUCUUUUAAAUAUAAGUCAAGGUUGGUCUUAGAUAAGCACUGAAAGUCAGCUUUGCUAUAGUGCCGAACUUACCAACAGAGUGAAUAUGGACAACUGUCAAUCAAAAUGGCUGGAAUAUUAACACCUAGGGGCCUGUAGGUUACUGAUGCGCAAAUAUGAUGGAUUACCUUAAAAACUGCUGGUUUCACUUCUUCCUAAUUAACAGGAAAUUGACAUUUCUGAAGAGGAACCACCAGACAUGGAAUAUGGAGAUGCUGAAUUUGUCAUUUUACCAAAGUUUGUCAGUGUAAAAGUGUGAUUUUACUGGC